AUGUCUGUCAAAGCGAUACCCUUUGAUAAGCUGGAAUAUCAAUGGAACCGGCUCCAGAGUUAUGAGCAGGUCAGACCAAUUGCUACUGCCCUGGUGGUAGUGAUACUAAGUUAUUUCCUGUACAAUGUCCUCUUCGCAACCGACAUCCCACACAUCAAAGGCCUCCCCGAAAUCCCCGGCUCAGUCCCCGUAUUCGGCCACCUGCUAAAACUCGGCGAGGACCACGCAACCAGCUGUGAGAAAUGGUGGCGCCAGUACAAGCACUCGGUCUUCCAGAUCAAGCUCGGAAACACGCGAGCCGUCGUUGUCAACUCCUUCGACGACUGCAAGAAAAUGCUCCUCGGAAACCAGAACGCCGUCAUCGACCGACCCAAGCUCUACACGUUCCACGGCGUUAUUAGCAGCACGCAGGGGUUCACAAUCGGCUCCUCGCCCUGGGACGAGUCGUGUAAGAAGAAGCGCAAGGCCGCAGGGACGGCGCUGGGGCGGCCUGCUCUGCAAACUAUUAUCCGAUGUUUGAUCUUGAGAGAUAGUAAAAACGGUCAAGGGGAGAUUGAUAUAAGGCCGUAUAUCCAGCGAUAUGCGCUGAACACGACUCUAACGCUGUGCUAUGGGAUUCGCAUGGAUGCAGUCUACGACGAACUCCUCCGUGAGAUUCUCCAUGUUGGAUCUGCGAUAUCCCUCCUCCGCAGCGCGUCUGAGAACCUUCAAGACUACGUGCCCAUCAUGCGGUACUUCCCUAGUAACAAAAAGAAUGCUCGUUCCAAGGAGCUGCGCGACCGCCGAGACGCCUACCUUGAUCUACUUCUGAACAAAGUGCGCGAGAUGAUCAAGGAGGGCACGGACAAGCCAUGCAUCUCAAGUGCAAUCCUCAAGGACGAGGAGAGCAAGCUUAGCGGCGUGGAGGUUUCGUCCAUCUGUCUCUCGCUAGUGUCUGGCGGAUUUGAAACGAUCCCGGGAACUCUGACCUCGUGUAUCGGAUCGCUUUGCACGGAGGAGGGCCAGAUUUGGCAGGAGCGUGCGUAUGAGGAUAUCAAGCGUUAUUACCCGGAUAUCCGCGAUGCGUGGACGACUUGUAUCAAGGAAGAGAAGAUCCCUUACAUCAAUGCGAUUGUCAAAGAGGCUGGAAGAUACUACACCGUCAGUUCGAUGAGUCUUCCCAGGAAGACCGUCACCGAGGUUAACUGGAAUGGCGCCAUCAUUCCACCAAAGACGAUGAUUCUGAUCAAUGCUCAAGCUGGAAACCACGACACCGACCACUUCGGGCCCGACGGCGGCAAAUUCAACCCGGAGAGGUGGUUGAAGUCCUUAACCCCGCCAACUGAGUCCGAGACCGAGGGCCUCCCACAUCUGAGUUUUGGUACCGGAGCCCGCUCUUGCUCAGGGCAAUUUAUCGCUUCGCGUCUCUUGUAUGCGGCUCUUGUAAGGAUUCUGUCCUCGUACAAGAUCGUCGCGAGUAAGGAGAUGCCGCCUAACACGGAUUACGUGGAGUACAACCAAUUCAAGACGGCUCUUGUCGCGAUUCCCCGGGAGUUCAAGGUGAAACUUAUCCCUCGGGAUCCGGCUGCGAUGGCGGAAUGCAUGAAUCUGGCUGAGGAGCGGACACGCAAUUCUUAUAAAGUUUAG